CCUCCCUCCCUCCCUCUCCUCAUCCCCUUCCUCCCUUCCCACUCUCUCCUCUCUGGAGUGGCGGCAGCGUGACUGCCUGCGUCACCCAGCCAGCUAGUGAAUGCUGCUACUGGAGCUGCCGUACCCUGCACAGAGCCCUGUGUGUGUGUGUGUGUGUGUGUGUGUGUCCGGUGUGUGUGUGUGUGUAAUUGUAUGAGUGUACGCAGAUGGGAAAGCAACUGAGUCAGGGAGGGCUGCCUCUCAUCGCCUUGCUGUUAUCACCAUCCUUCACUCUCCCUCCUCUCCUCCUCUGCUGCCAUGGAGCUCCAGCAGGCUGAAUCACAACAUCGUCUGCAGAAAGCGCUGAGCAGGUAGUUGUGUGUGUGCGGUGCUCCGUCGGGCCAAUAUGGAGCGCGGGUGUCUGAGACGGUGGGCGUCGGGCUCUGCUGUAGUGUUCCUUCACACACUGGCCUUAUCAUGGACAGGUGCUAUUGAACCCGCCCCAAAAAUUGACGGACGGCACCGAGCAGCUUUGACACUGCAGGAGAACAUGACGCACCGGUUCAGCUGCCAAUCAGACGGCUGGGAUCCCCGCGCCCCUCCCCUGCUAACCUGGUACCUGAACGGGGAACAACAGAGAGCGCCAUCACCCAACCGUGGACGCCUGGUGAUGACAUCGAAGGAAGAUUCUGAUUUCAUGAGACCAGGGGCCAAUCCCAACAGCAACUUCUCUCUGCGGGCCAGGAAGUGGGACAGGGAGCUGGUGUGUGUGGCGUCAGACCCCAGGACGGGAGAGAGCUACAAUGCCACGGUCACACUCAAUGUCCAGUUUCAGCCAGAGAUCCUCAGGGUGAACGCCCACUACAGUGCAACCUCGGACCCUGGCCUCUCCCUGGUCCUCUUCGCCUUGAUCCGCUCAAACCCGCCUGCCACCAUCACCUUCGUGGACCAGUCCGGCCAGCCAGUAGCCAACACCUCAGACUUCCUCAUCCUGGAUUCACGAAGCUACCCAUGGCUGACCAAUCACUCUCUAAGGGUCAUGCUCAGCAGCCUAUCAGGAAACAUCUCGCUCAACGCCAGUAACAGUGUGGGAACUGUGCAGAGCAACCUCACACUGGCAGAGUUCCUGCAGUCUCGUGUUGAGGUGCCCAUGCUGGGAAUAGUGACCGGAGGAGCCAUGGCCUUCAUGGCGCUCCUCAUCCUCAGUCUGAUCGUUCUCUGCCUCAUGCAAAAAAACAAGAGCAAGUCCAUCGAUGAGCCAGUGGAAAUUCUGAUGACCAAGAAAAGUGAAUCUGCCAUUCUGAAGGUGGAGAAGGCAGAUAAGACCCACAUCCCCAGAGAGAACAUGUCUCUGCCUUCAAACAUGCAGCUCAAUGACCUCAGCACGUUGAGAAAAGCCCGAGAGGCCGCCCAGCAGAACAGCGUGGGAGAGAGGAGAGCGGAAGAGGAGGAGGAAGAUCUGUCAUUAGCCUAUGCUGCCAGAGGUUUUGCCAGAUAUCCGAUGGUGGGUUACAUCUACAAGGUGAACAGCACAAGCAGCGAGGAGAUCUGGCUCUGACCAACCACAAAGUUACACACAAACACCCACACACACACACACACACACACACACACACACACACACACACACACACACACACACACACACACACACACACACACACACACACACACACACAGUGCAUGCAUGCAAAAAUACUUACAACAGUGCUGCUGUCCAAGAGGGAACCCAGAACAACUGCCAGUCAGUCAUUCAACCAAAUAUCAGUCGCCCGGAAAAACUACAACACCCAGUUUCGACACACUCUGUUUCUCUGACAGGUUCUCAACUUUCUUGUUCACAAAUCAAAAACAAUGUUGGUGUUUUUUGUCUUUCUGAGUCAGUGUUCUGGUCCAUGAUGUGUCGUCUCAAUAACCCCAAAGUGUAACCCCGACAUGAGAAUGCUCAUAUUCCCUAUCUUUAAUUUCCUCCUGUAACCAUGUGCUCCUCGUGUCCUCCUCCCCGGCCGCAUUACUGGAAUGCAUUACUUGUUCCAUGCUUACACCAGAAUGUGCAAGAUAACGUACUGUAUGUGAAAUGUGACCGACGCUAUCCAAACAAGACGGUACAUAAUUAAAGAUAUUUGUAUAUGAACCUGUAACAUGUCAUGUACUGUAUAUUUGUAUGCAUAUGUAUAUGUGUAUAGAAGAGGACGUCUAAUAAAGAUAAUAUAUAAAA